AUUCAUUCAGCGUUUUUUGUUACCCUUGUAACAACUGAGUGACGAUUGUUUGUUCAUCAUUAUAAGGACGGGAACCUUGUAAGAAUUAUCCUUUUUCAAAAACAAAACAAAGGAAUUCUUAUUGUUUGGCUGUCGUAUUGUGUUGUCAUUCGUAAAAAAUACACGCGUAAAGACAGGAGCCUCGGAGACGUUCGUAUGGAAGGCUGUAGUCGGCAUCAAAGGCCAAUAUGUCUACGUUUUAGUCAAGGGUAUUGAGAAUAUUUUACAAAUAAAAAAGAGUUUUAACCUCGAAUUAUUCAUCUCAAUCAUGCCUUCCGCUCGUGACAGAAAUUCUGCACCUCAUCGCCUUCUGACAACAAUUUAUCGACAGAACUGGCCUCCACCUGCAAAGCCUACGAGGAAUUUAAGCCAUGAACCACCCCGUAACAACAAAGAUUUUAUUGAAAAUCCUUGGAAAAGUGGAGAACCCGUCGCUUCGAACAAUUCGAACAAAAUCAGUCGCCCAUUUUCUGCAAGCUUAAUUUCUCCGAGACGACGAAAGAAAAGUGAUUUCAUGACCGCUCGGCGUUCUUCUACUUCCAUCUCAGGCGAUGUAAGAGGAUUAAACUCAUCCACGUUCAAGAAGGUCAAACCGCCGAUUAAACCCAAAGUUCCCGAAUACGACGGAGCUAAACUUAUAUCAGAAAGCGCAUCGGCAAGAAAUAAAGCUCUUGCAGCAGAAUAUUUGGCAAUGUUAUCUGGUAGAAACUUUUUGAAAAGACAAUACAGAGACCAAUAUUGGAACAGCGAGAUUGCUUACAAUCAUACACGACCGACAACUGCAUCUCGCGAUGAAAGGCGUUAUCGUACGUUAUACCCCGAUUUAGGGUCGGUGAUUGGAAGUAACAAGCCUGUGACUCCGGCUGCUUCAGCUCCUUCCGCCGGCCCAUGGCGUCUUGCUUCCCCGCCAACUGCACCUCAAAGCACCUCGUUGCACGAACAAAUUAGCACUGACAAUCAAAUCAAGGAAAAAAAUAGUGAGAGUAUAACUUCGAUUUCUGAUUUGGGAAUUACAUACACCUUGAAACGUUCUUGGUCAAAUAUUCCAUCUGGGAAGUGCUAUCGCAUUCUAUCACAACCUAACGACACUUUAGCAUCAUUAUCCUUGGAAGGAAGACCAGCAUCACGUACAAGCACCAGGACAUCGUCUCUCUCGUCAUCUGUGUCCUUUACUGGAGUAGUCGAGAGAAAUCAUCGCCGACUGUCAUCCGCCGGAGAAUCAUCACCCUCUGGUUCAUCAGGAGUCGUCGGUGAUGAAGAUCAGUUACACAGCUAUGUUUUCGGUGGCACAGAAGACGCAAAUAAGAAGGAGCAAAAUAAAAAUGACCCAGAUAGCGAUGAGGAAUUAUCGAUGGUUCAUGGUUUGUCAGAUUCUGUAUUUACAAACGACGACGCAGUUAGGACUUGCGAAACGGACUAUGAAGAUGACGAGGACGACGAGGAUUUUGAACAGAAUUUAAUGACAUCAAAACAAAGUCACAUUUCGUACAGCGAUUUGGAAGAAUCCGAUAUUUCCGAAAAUGAAGCUGGAGACGACGAAGAUAUAGUUGAUAAAGACGAAUUCAGUCGCAGACUUCAACAAGUAAGCUUAGUAUUUGAAGCAUCGAAACACAAAGACAUUGAAGUCCAUCAUAAUGAAAUGCCGGUAGCUAUUGUAAUUGAUAGGCCAGAUGACGACAAUGAUUCCGUCUCAAGUACCAGUUGGUCUGAUGAAAACGAAAGCAUCGGUGGUGUGAAUAAAAGCAAAAAAGCUAAAUAUAAAUAUUCAGAAGUAUUGCCGAACCCGUUCAACGAGUGCGAUUUCCGAUUGUUCGCUACUUUGCCUCAUAAUAUGGACUGGAGAACCUUCAUACAACCUCCAUAUGGUAAAAAGAAAGCGGGUAAGAAUGCUACAAAGUUUUCGUAUCGCAAGACUGAUGUUGAAAAGCGGAGAAUAGAAAGAAAGAUUAGAGAAAACGAGGAGAAAAAGCGCCAAAGCUUGGAGGAACUUGUAGAUCGCAUUGUCAUGUUAGAAAAAAUGCAGAUGAUAACGGUGCAAUAUGAACAAGACCGAAAAAAGCAUCAAAUUCACAGAGCGAAAGCACGAAAUUCUGCGAGAGCUGCGUCAAACAAUAAUACGGCACAGAACACUAAUCGUACAUCUUCUCCCAGUCCAACACCCCCCGCACCACAAAGCGCCAAACCUGCUCGCAGAAGAUCUUGCACCGUGUCGGCUGGCCCGACUCUUUCAAUUCCUGUUAGCAAACCACGCAGAUCAGUAUCCAGUGCAGAAUUGACAGCGACUGGAUUGGGAAAUACAUUAUCACCCGAUAUUGAUCUUGUUCGCUUAUCUUGCACAAAAAACCAUCUGCAGUAUUAUCGACAUUUUUCACAAAAUAACAAAAAAAGACAGAGAUGCGGUAGUACAUUGCCAAGAUAUUACGAAUACUCGUGGAGCGAGAGACUCCCGCCGAGCAAAAGGCCGAGUUUGAAUUCUCUCAAUUAUUCAAAGCCAAGAAACUGUCACUUCUGUCGCGAGAGUGAAAAGAAACUCGCCCAUCUGCAUAUAACACAAAUGACGAUGGGAAGACCAAGAUCUUCGUUUAGUACGUUUACAAGUGAACAACAAAAGUUACUUCCACGUCCGAGCACAACAAAUAGUACCACGAAAUCAAGAAUAGAAAACAAGACUUUGGAUUCUUCAAAUUCUAGAGAAAAGCAAAAUCCUAAAGCUCUGUCCUCUUCUUUUAACGGAACAAUACCAUCAACGUUUGGCCGUGCUCCACUAAAGCCAACUGUGGCAACUCAAGAAAAAAUAUUUGCGGCUCACGCGAUGUUGUCGUCUGUUGCAAGAGACUACGUAAAGGCUGCAAGGAGAGCAAAAACCGAACGUAUUGGUUCGGCUCCUGUAGUCAUUGCCACUAGGUCCAGACAAAGAUCACCAAGUAAUCGUUUUCGAUUCGUGAAGCAAUCAAAAUCUGGUGUGAUAAAAUCUGUACAUCAAAAUCUGGUGUAAUCUGGUGGCACGAAAUGAUGCUUAUAAGAUUUGUACUGGUAUAGAUUCGAACAAACGUAUUCACUAAAAGUUUACAAAUGAUUCCGAAAAUACAAGUCGUGGCAAUCUUUAAGCCAUAUAUAUUAUUAGUUUAUGCAGUAUGUCAUGAUAUUUAUUAAAUAUUUCUCAUUUGUGCUCACUUAUUCACUGUGUUUGUGUUUUAAAUUGUUGCUCUGUUAAAUAUUAACUUAUUCGAAUGUAGGCCUAUUUUGUAAGAGCUUUUCCCCGUCAGUGUUCAAUUGAAUGCUCAUUAUUUGAGGUACCCUUAGCGACACAAAUAGAGCAAUUGAUUUGAUUGAAAUGUGGCAGCAAGUUAUAUUGUUAUAUUUUUGUAUUUGGUAUAUUCGGUUUAUAGAGUCUACGAUUUUCAGGCCAUUUUUUUGUUUAAAAAAUAUGAACAUGUUGUGUAAUUUGCGUACAACUUCAUACUCGACUUACUCCAACCUGCGCGUUUGAUGUAACAUUCAUUCACCAAAAUGAUAAAUCGACCUAAUUAUCAAAAUAAAUGCACCCGUGUCUUCUUA